UUAUAUAUACACACCAUUCUUUGCUGUCUGCCUUUACUGGUCAUUUUUUUUCUCUACCUCACUCUCUCUCUGCGCUUCUUCCCUAGCGAAAACCGCCAGGCCAAGCAGAUUUGCUUGGUUCGUUUCGAUUGUUCUUCGGUCUUUUCGUUAUCUUAAGGUUUUUAGAAAAUGGCCGAUGCCGAGGAUAUCCAGCCCCUGGUUUGCGAUAAUGGAACUGGAAUGGUCAAGGCUGGGUUUGCUGGUGAUGAUGCUCCCAGGGCUGUGUUUCCCAGUAUUGUUGGUAGACCCAGACACACUGGUGUUAUGGUUGGGAUGGGUCAGAAGGAUGCCUAUGUUGGUGAUGAAGCCCAAUCUAAAAGAGGUAUUUUGACCUUGAAAUACCCAAUUGAGCACGGUAUUGUUAGCAACUGGGAUGAUAUGGAAAAGAUCUGGCAUCACACUUUCUACAAUGAGCUUCGAGUUGCACCAGAGGAACACCCAGUGCUUCUCACUGAAGCUCCUCUCAACCCCAAAGCCAACAGAGAAAAGAUGACCCAAAUCAUGUUUGAGACAUUUAAUGUGCCAGCAAUGUAUGUCGCCAUCCAGGCUGUUCUGUCUUUGUAUGCCAGUGGUCGUACAACUGGUAUCGUGCUGGAUUCUGGUGAUGGUGUGAGUCAUACUGUGCCAAUCUAUGAGGGGUAUGCUCUACCACAUGCUAUCCUCCGUCUUGACCUUGCUGGUCGUGAUCUCACUGAUGCUUUGAUGAAGAUCCUCACUGAGAGAGGGUACAUGUUCACUACAACUGCUGAACGGGAAAUUGUCCGUGACAUGAAAGAGAAACUUGCAUACGUUGCCCUUGACUAUGAGCAAGAACUUGAGACUGCUAAGAGCAGCUCUUCAGUUGAGAAGAACUACGAGCUUCCUGAUGGGCAAGUCAUCACCAUUGGAGCAGAGAGAUUCCGAUGCCCAGAAGUGCUGUUCCAGCCAUCUCUCAUUGGAAUGGAAGCUGCAGGCAUCCAUGAGACUACUUACAACUCUAUUAUGAAGUGUGAUGUGGAUAUCAGGAAGGAUCUUUAUGGUAACAUUGUGCUCAGUGGUGGUUCCACUAUGUUCCCUGGCAUUGCAGACCGUAUGAGCAAGGAGAUCACUGCACUUGCUCCAAGCAGUAUGAAGAUUAAGGUGGUUGCACCACCUGAAAGAAAGUACAGUGUCUGGAUUGGAGGAUCUAUCCUUGCAUCUCUUAGCACCUUCCAACAGAUGUGGAUUUCCAAGGGCGAGUAUGAUGAGUCUGGUCCAUCCAUUGUCCACAGGAAGUGCUUCUAAGUUCUACAGGUGCUUUGAUGGCGAGUUCUUUUUUGCAUUUAGUUGGCUUUUUUCGUGUCAAGGUGUCAUGAACUCAAGUAUGGUCGAUGUGAAAAAGUGUCGGAUGGGGUCAUUCAAGGAGGGUAUAUCUGAUCUUGAUGUAUCAAAUAGCUUUCCAUCUAUUGCUACUCAUGUAUGUUAAAGCCGAAAUUAAGAGGCUCAACUGUAAUGGUCCCUCUGGAUGUGGUGGGCAGACACUUUGGUGCUCAAGUCAUUACUUUCCUCGCAAUCUUUUGUGGUUCAACCAAUGUCUCCUUUUAGUAGGAUGCUUGUAGCUGGAGAGUGAUUGUGCUGCUUUUUUCUUUUCUUUUCUUUUCUUUCAUUUGAUUUUAUUUUUCUUGCUUCAAAAUUUGAAGGGUUUUUUCCCCCUGAGAACAUUAAUGUUAAUAGUUAUUGUAUGAGAAUUUUUAUCUAGUGUCAGUUUGCGUUUAUAAAACUUAUGGAAAUUAUAUUAAUACCUUGUUUGAAA